UGGAGUCCAAAGGCUAAUGAAUUCGUUGUUGUGUAUGGUUUCAUGCCAUCCAAAGCUGCUUUAUAUAAUCUAAAAUGCGACGUUGUUUUCGAUUUUGGUGAAGGCCCUCGCAAUUGUGCAUAUUUUAAUGCCUUUGGAAAUUUAGUUGUUUUAGCUGGUUUUGGAAACUUGCCUGGUAAUGUUGAAAUAUGGGACGUUCAAAAGCGUGAAAAAUUGGUGAAUAUUAAGUGUCCUGACACUACCCAAUUUGAAUGGAAUCCAAACGGCGAGUAUUUUAUCACUGCCACUACAUCCCCGAGACUACGAAUAGGUAACGGGUUUAAGGUAUAUCAUUACUCUGGUGCAUUAAUGCACGAAACUAUUUGGCCGGUAGGACAGGAGUUAUUGGGAGUAGAAUGGCAACAGUUUCCUGAAAACACUUUCCCAGAACCUGUUAUAACAAAAGUGAAGCAGGAGGGUAUAAAAUCGAGUCAACCUGAAGCAAGCAAAAAAGCGUAUACGCCACCACAUCUUCGCCUAAUGAAGGAGGGUAAAAAUCCAGAAAAUUAUAUUCCACAACCGAAAGUCACAAUUCCAGGAAUGACAACAGGAAAUGGAGCAGCAAACAAGCGGAAUUCUUCAAAAUCAAACAAGAAUAAGUCGCGAAAUAAAAAGGAAGCUGCAGUUAUUCUUGAAGGUCCUGUUUGUGAAGUUGUAGAUAAUGCAAAUCUUGACACAACUAAAUCUGAUGAAUCUGUAAAACGUCAGCGGUCUUCAAAUACGAAUCGAAGACAACAAGCAAAAAAUAAAGCUGCAAAUCAGCAAGUUGUUGCUACAGUAAAAGAAAAUGGCAGUGAAACUGAAAUUCAACAGCAACAGCAACAGCAGCAAUUGCAACAGCAACAGCAACCAAGAAAGGUGGUUAAUGCUGAAAAGGAUAAGAAAAUACGAGUUGUUGCUAAAAAGUUAUCUGACAUUAAGAAACUUAAAGCUCGUCAAGAGCAAGGUGAAACCCUCGAAAUAAAUCAACUGAACAAAAUAUCUAUGGAAGGUAAAUUGCUUGAGGAAUUGAAGUCUUUGAAGUUAUCUGCUUAGAUUUACUUACAAGGACCUGUGGGAGCAAUUCUGUCAUUUGGCAUGAUUAACGCUCAAUUAAAUUUGUAGUGUUUAUGUGGUUUGGCGUCCAGCGUUUUCCAUUGUUUUAAAAAUUCAAAAUUAUCAUUGGUAAAUUUUCGUUUGAGUUUUGAUAUAUAUUUUGUAUGUUAAAUUAAUUUUUUUUUACUUAUAAAUUUGUAACAAAAUUAAACUAUUGUGAUUUGUGAACCAUCAGGAAUAAGCCACUAAAGAAUUAAUAAAAGUAAAUUAUUUAAUUAUAA